UUACCAAAAGAAAUUUGUUUCGAGAAUGUUGGUAUUGAUAUCAUGAAAUCGCAAUGCGCAUGGAACGUGCGCUAGAAUUCUUAAUCACCCUAUUGUCUGCUAUUGUUCUUCGACAUUUUACCUACGUAAUUUUGGUGUAACCGGCUUAAAAAGUGACAGUGAAAUUCAAUUUAUGUGGUGAAAGUUUGAAACAAACUGAUCAAACUGUGUCCCUUUUUGUCCGAUGUCUAGUGUUGAAAACAUUGGAAGCUCCGUCGAACCACCAGCUAAAAAACGGAAGCUUGAUUCCAACUCGGUUAAUUCAGACAUGGCGAAUAAUGGAGUCUCAGCAGGCUCGUCGCAAACGCACAAUGAUAUUGAUGAAGGCCUUUAUUCCAGGCAACUUUAUGUUCUUGGACAUGAUGCUAUGCGGCGUAUGGCCAAUAGCGAUGUUUUGAUCUCUGGUUUAGGUGGUGUCGGCGUAGAAAUCGCUAAAAAUGUUGUAUUGGGAGGUGUGAAAUCUGUAACUCUGCAUGACGAAGCUGUUUGCACCAUAAAAGAUUUGUCAUCCCAAUUUUAUCUUACUGAAGAUGAUAUUGGACUAAACAGAGCAGAAGCAUGCUUAAAACAAAUAUCAGAACUUAAUAUGUACGUCCCCAUCAAAUCCUACACCGGUCCCUUAGUUGAAGACUUCUUGAAGGGUUUCAGUGUAAUUGUUCUAACCAAUAAUUCAUUGAACGAACAACUUAGAAUCAAUGAAAUUACACAUGAGAAUAAUAUUGCUUUAAUCAUAGCUGAUACUAGAGGACUUUUUGCACAGGUUUUCUGUGAUUUUGGGCCAUCUUUUACUGUUAAUGAUAUCAAUGGGGAAACACCUGUAUCUGCUAUGAUAGCAGAUAUUACCAAUGACAAAGAGAGUGUUGUAACAUGUAUUGAUGAUACUAGGCAUGGGAUGGAAGACGGAGAUUAUAUAACAUUUUCAGAAGUACAGGGAAUGACAGAAUUGAAUAAUUGUAAGCCUAUCAAAAUAAAAGUUCUAGGCCCCUAUACAUUCAGUAUAGGAGAUACAACUGCUUACUCAAAAUAUGAAAGGGGAGGUAUUGCGACACAAGUUAAAAUGCCUAAAUCCCUUCAAUUCAAACCUUUAAAAGAAGCUCUCAAACACCCAGAGUUCUUAAUUUCUGAUUUUGCUAAGUUUGAUUACCCACAACAAUUACACUUUGGAUUUAUGGCACUUCAUAAGUAUAUAGAAAAAAAUGGUCGAACUCCUCAUCCUUGGAGUCAAAAUGAUGCUGAAGAACUUGUUUCAAUAGCUAAGUCUUUAACAGUUGAUGGAGGUAAUGAUACCGAGAUAAAUACAUCUCUCUUAGAGACUUUUGCAAAGGUUUCUGCUGGUGAAUUAAAUCCAAUCAAUGCUACAAUUGGUGGUAUGGUUGCCCAGGAAGUUAUGAAGGCUUGUUCUGGCAAAUUUCACCCUAUUUAUCAAUGGUUGUAUUUUGAUGCUAUAGAAUGUUUGCCUGAAAAUUGUGAAGAAAUUACAGAGGAACUUGCAGCACCUACAAAUUCUAGAUAUGAUGGACAGAUUGCAGUUUUUGGUAGAGAGUACCAAAAAAAACUAGGUGCACUUAAGUAUUUUGUGGUGGGUGCUGGUGCGAUAGGAUGUGAACUCUUGAAAAAUUUUGCCAUGAUGGGAAUUGGUACUGAAGGAGGAAGGAUCAUUGUUACUGAUAUGGAUUUGAUAGAAAAGUCAAACUUGAACCGUCAGUUUUUAUUCAGACCACAUAAUGUUCAACAAGCAAAAUCUACUACUGCAGCUAAAGUGAUCAAAAAGAUGAACCCUCAAGUCAAUGUUGUGGCUCAUGAAAACAGAGUUGGUCCAGAAACCGAAAGCAUUUAUGAUGAUGCAUUCUUUGAAGAUUUAGAUGGUGUUGCGAACGCAUUAGACAAUGUCGACGCCAGAAUUUACAUGGAUAGAAGAUGCAUUUACUACAGAAAACCACUUCUUGAAUCUGGUACAUUAGGUACGAAAGGUAAUACACAAGUAGUUGUCCCGUUCUUGACCGAAUCUUACAGUUCGUCUCAAGAUCCUCCUGAAAAAAGUAUCCCAAUUUGCACUUUGAAGAAUUUUCCAAAUGCCAUCGAGCACACUUUACAAUGGGCGAGAGAUAUGUUUGAAGGCUUAUUCAAACAGAGUGCCGAAAAUGCAUCUCAGUAUUUAACUGACCCGAAUUUCAUCGAAAGAACUUUGAGACUACCAGGACACCAGCCUAUUGAAAUUUUGGAAUCGGUCAAAGUGGCCUUGGUUGACGAACGCCCUAAUUCGAUAAAGGACUGUGUUAUCUGGGCUAGACAUCAUUGGCAGGAGCAGUACUGCAAUCAGAUCAAGCAGCUAUUAUUCAACUUUGCUCCCGAUCAAUUGACCAGCACUGGACAACUGUUUUGGUCAGGACCGAAAAGAUGUCCAGAGCCGUUGACUUUCGAUCUUGAAAAUCCGCUACAUUUAGACUAUAUAUGGGCCGCGGCCAACUUGAGAGCUCAAGUUUACAAUAUACCACAGGAAAGGGAUAGAAAGAAAAUAGCAGAGAUUGCAGCGACCGUGGAGGUUCCAGAAUUCGUGCCUAGAUCUGGAGUCCAAAUCGCAGUGACAGAUUCACAAAUGCAGGUUGCAAAUGGAAAUGUCGACAUGGAUCGUCUGACUCAGUUGAAAGAAGAAUUACCAAGUCCAGACAACUUGGAAAAUAUGCGUAUUUUACCACUUGAAUUCGAAAAAGACGACGAUACAAAUCUUCAUAUAGAUUUCAUUGUGGCCGCAUCAAAUCUUCGUGCUACGAACUACAAGAUCGCCCCAGCCGACAGACACAAGUCGAAGUUGAUAGCGGGUAAAAUCAUUCCUGCUAUCGCUACCACUACCUCCGUAGUAGCUGGAUGGGUUUGUUUGGAACUCUACAAAUUGGCUAGAAGUAUGAAGAGCCUAACACCUUUCAAGAAUGGUUUUGUCAAUCUUGCCUUACCCUUUAUCGGUUUCUCUGAACCAAUCGCUGCCCCAAAAAUGGAAUAUUGUGGCAAACCUUGGACUCUCUGGGAUAGAUUUGAAGUCGAUGGUGAAAUGACCCUGAAAGAGUUUUUGGACUAUUUCAAGAACAAACAUGGUUUAGAAGUCACGAUGCUCUCCCAAGGAGUGUGCAUGUUGUACUCGUUCUUCAUGCCUAAGGCAAAGGCUCAGGAAAGACUAGGUAUGGUUAUGACGGAAGUUGUGAAACGCGUAUCAAAGAAGAAAAUCGAGCCACACGUCAAAGCUUUAGUAUUCGAAUUGUGUUGUAAUGAUGAAGAUGGCAACGAUGUGGAGGUUCCUUAUGUGAAAUACAACCUUCCCCAAAAUUAGAUGAUGUUCGAAGGACACUUGAUUAUUUCAGACAUUUUUAAGUUGAUGGUCUAGCCAUGGGAAGUUGAAAAUGUGAUCAUUUUAAAUUAUUUUUGAAGUUUGGAAAUGUUGGCGAAAGUGUGCAUUCUAUACUUUUUGUGGUAAAUAGCAUUUUGAUGCUCUCAUACAAUAUAAUUAUUUGUAUUCAUCUUAUUACUGAAUGUAGGAUUAUCUAAGUGAUAGGUUAUUUUCUCAACUAUUUUCUGAUGUUUGAAAUUUAAUAAAUUAUCUUGAGAAAAUUU